AUGAAUCAUCAGAAUCCUUUAUAUCCAAAUCUUGGGGGUUAUCAAAGUGAUCCACAACAAUUAAAUCAACAACAAUCACAACAACAUGAUUAUAAUUAUCAACAAUCCCCAAAUAUUCCAUUACAUCACCAAUCAAUAUACAGACAACAAUCACCCUCACAACAGCAAUCUAAUUUAAUAUCAUCACAAAGACCAUAUAAUACACCUGGGUUAACUAAUAGUUUAUACCGUGAUGUUCAAAUACCAUCUUCAUCAUUAUAUCAACAACCACAACCAACUCCAUUAACCCAAUCUAUUGGAACUCAAAUAUUACCAGCACAACAACAACAACAACAACAACCAAGCAUAGUUCCACAAUCAUUAUCACCUUUAUCACCACAACCAACUAAAUCAGAUUCAUUAUUAAUCAUUACUGAAUUUGAUAAAGAUGAGGACUUAAAAAGUAUAUUUACAAAGUCAAUUGACUCAGUUGAUAAAAGCGUUAAUAAGGUAUCCGAAACACCAGACCCAACAUCAAAGCUUAUAAAUAAAAGAGAUCCAGGUUUUAAUUAUUUCGAAUCAAAUAAUCAAUAUUGGUCAACUAUGAUUAUCGAAAAGUACAUUGAGUUACCAAAAGAAAUUGCUAAUGCCCUUUUAACCACAUCAACUAAAUCAUCCUUUGGUUUAUUCCCAGAAAUUAACAGAGCAUGGAUAUCAAUUGAUCAAACUCUUUAUCUUUGGGAUUAUAGGGCCAAUGAAACUACAUCACACAAUCUUUCACAAGUCAUUAUAAAUUGUGCAUUGGUUACUCCAAAAAAGAAUACAUUUAAAGAUAAUGUCAAAAAAGUUAUGGUAGUUUGUACACAUGUAGAAAUAUUUUUAUUUGCUUUAUGCUAUUCAUCAGAGAAUAAGUUUGAAUUAUUAUCGGGUAAAUAUAAAAUUAUCAAUAGAUUAUCUAUUCCAACUGAUAACGUUUGUAUUUCAGAUAUUAUUGGUACAAAAGAAGGUAGAGUUUUUUUAUCAGGUCAAGAUGGACAUAUUUAUGAAAUCGAAUAUAGUAAAGAUAGUUUAUAUUGGUUCAGUAAUGAAAGAAUAAAAAAAACUAACCUCACUCAAAAUUUUGUCGAAAACUUUAUUAAUUUCCAAAAGAAGCAACAAAUUAUCCAAUUAAUGUAUGAUGAGGAGCGUUGUUUACUCUAUAGUUUAUCAAAGGAUUCCAUUAUAAAUGUGUACAGUUUGGGUGUUGGUGCCGAUAAAUUUCAACAUCAUAAAACCAUUAAACCAAUUCAAGACUAUGAACAACAAACAAAUAACAUUGGUGGCGUUCGUCAAUCUCAAAUGGUUAUGUCAAUUCAUUGCUCUUCAAAAGAAACUCUAUUUAAUUUUGUUGCAAUUUUAUCGAAUGGUGAACGUUUAUACUAUACUUUAGAAAAGUUGGCUUACAUUAGAUCACCACCAAAUAACAUGGAAUCAAACAAUGGUUUAAUUCAUUAUACAUAUUACAAUAAUGGUGUAUUCUUUACAGCUGCUAGUGUCAAUGAUCAAGAGGAUCGUUUGGUUGGAACCACUUUAUUUGGUAAUGAUAUUAUUAAACAAUUUUAUGAAUCCACCAAAACAAAUUACUCUAAUCAAGUCUCUCAAGAUACUCUUUCAGAGAAAGCAAAUCUUUUUUCAAUUCGUGGUAGAGUUAGCGUAAUAAAAGAAGAUAUCACAAAUUUAAAACAAACUGUAUACUACAAAGAGUUAACAAAUGAACAUAUGACCAUUCAACGUAGAUUCUUAUGUUUAAAUUCUUUAGGUUUACAUUUUAUAACAAAAUUAAAAUAUGUUGAUAUUUUACAAAAUAUUUUAUCAACCAAUAGUUUAAAUGAUAUUGAUAACUUUUUUGAAGCAUUUGGUAAAAUUCUAACAUCUUCUUUAUGCAUCAGUUUAUAUUGUUUAUCACCACAUAGUUCCAUCACAUUACAAAAUCAAAUCUAUUCAUCAACCACUAUACCAAAAACAACAACAACUAGAGUUGCAGAUUUAGCAAUGGCUUAUUUUAGAAGAAACAGUGGUAAACCAACUAUGCUGCAAUUAACCCCACAACCAUUUACAGAUAUGGGUGCUGCAGUUAAUAAAAAUGAAACACUUAAUAGUAAUUCCUAUAAUGGUUUAUUGGCAUACUUGGGUCGUUUAUUACAUCCACUUUGGUAUCAACCAAUUAUCUUACCAAAUGGUAAUUGCAAUUGGAGUAUAGUUCAAAUUCAAUUAUAUCAAUCUCACUUUAGUAAUCUUUUAUCAUUUUUAGAAAUUUCCCAAUUAAUUCCAAAAGGCGCUGAAAUUCCAAUUUUCAAACCCAAUAUUAAUCAACAAGCAGAAAACAAUAAUCCUGAAGAUCAUGCAUUAAAAGAUGAAAAGCGUAGUUUAAUCGGUUUAAAGAAUAUUAUUGUAAAAACCAUUGAAAUUCUUUCAUUACUUUUAAUACUUAGCCAAUACAAUUUUAAACAAUUAUUCGAUAGUUCAAAUAUUCCAGAUGAUAUAAAAAGAAAAGUAGACUUGAUUAAAUUUAGAGAUAUUUUAAAUAAUGAUGUAUUGGGUAGACCAACACAACCAAUAUCAAUAAAUUCACCAACAUUAAAUAAUACUUUAUCGGUAGAUAGUAAUAGUAACACUAAUAACAAUAAUAAUAAUAAUAAUAAUAAUAAUAGCAACAGUGUUACAUCAAAUUUAACAGAUAUCAUUAAUCAAUUAAUUGACUCUUUAAUGAGAUCAUUAAAUAAUCAUAAUAUUAAUAUUGAUCAAGUCUCAAAUUUAUUAGAAACCGAAUGUCCAUUAUUCUUUAGAAAAGAGAAGAGAGAACUUUACAAAGUUAAAGAGAAAUUAAAUAUGGUUUUAUGUGAUGGCCCAAUUUAUUUAACUGAAUCUUUAAUUAGAGAUGCUGUUUUAAUUUUAGAAUCAAUAUCACCAAAUUUCGAAAUUAAAGAAAUCGUUAAACUUUUAUUCGAUGCCAGGGCUUUCCAAUAUAUUGCUCCACUCUGUUUAAAGUAUGGUGAAGAUUUAGAUCCACAUGGUGUUACAUUAAACCCAUCCCCAAACCCAUCCGAUGAAGUUAAAGAUAAAUUAAAUCAAAAGAAGGAUUGUUUUGGUGAAAUCGUAAAGUUAUUAGAUAAACUUAAAGAUAGCAACAUCAAUGAUAUUAGCGAAAAUCAAAGAAACACAGAAAUUAUUAAUACUAUUAUCAAUCAAUCAUUAUCUUCAAACGAUCGUUUAGUUCACGAAAUUAUUUAUUCAUGGUUAUUAAGAUAUGGUUGGAUCGAACAUAUUUAUAAUAUUAGUUCACCAUUCAUAAUUGAUUACCUCAUAGCAAAUGAUAUCAAUUUAUCUUGGAAGGUUUUGGCUAAACACCAAGAUUAUAUCAGAGCUGCUAAUGUUUUAUUUAGAAUUGCCGAAAACUCCACCAAUUUAGAGGAUAAAAUUGCUGCCUACACCAACUGUACUAUGAUACUUAGUGAAAGAAAAGAUGAAGAUUACUAUAUUGCCGCUAAAGGUCAAAUCACUACUGCAAAUAUUCAAAAACAAAUUAUUGCCCAAUUAGAGGACAUCUUAAAUAAAGGUUCAACCAAUGGUACCACAUUUAAUGCUCAAGAAAUUCGUAAUGCCAUUUCAGAACUCAAUAAAACCAUAUUCGAUUACACCACCCUUUUUACAGAAUAUGCCAGAAAAUAUUGUUUAUAUGAACAAAUGCUUCACAUUUGUCACAUUGGUAACCACAACGAUCAAGGCUUCAUUCAAUUACUCUGGAAGAUUGUCAUUGAUAAAGUCGUUCCAAAUGAUGAUAACUCUGAAAAUCCAGUUGCAAGUAUAAUCGAAACAUUGGCUUCUAAAAUUAGUAAUAUUGGUUAUGACUUUUAUCCAAAUGAGAUCACCUUCCCAGUUAGCUACAUCAUCAACAUUGCUGAAAAAGCUAUAUUUGAUUUCACCCGUAACAAGAGUGAAUCAGAGAAGAAGCAAAUAUCACCAAAUUGGUUAACCAGCUCAUUACACGAUCAUGUUAAGAUUGACUAUUGGAUUUUAGUAGAAUGUUAUAAUACAAUUAUCGAAAAAGAAAACUGGAAAGAAGAUACUCAGUCAAUGUUAUAUAUCAUUUGCUCAUACUUUUAUUUAGUCGAAUCACUUAUCAACACUAUUCAAACCUCAACCGAACGUAGAUUAUUUAGCAGCAAACAAAUUUUACAAACUUUGGAAAUUCGUGAAAAAACCUUUAAAUCAAUUAUUGAAAAAGAGCAAGAUAAACUUUCUCAAGAGUCAAAAAAUAAAUUAAAGGAAUUACUUGAAAAAUUUGAAAAAAUUAUUUCAAUUUCAAAAUCUUUUAAAGAUUUUAGAUAUUAA